CAUUGGUCUUGCCUCUGGUGGUGGCGAUGUUACCGGCGCCAGGUCCCUGGUAUCACGAAUUCUCCAAUCUCUCACACUGUUCCGUUCCCCCUAUCUAAUCAUGGAGAUCCCAAUGUUGCUAUACCGACACAUAGGUAUUAAAGGGUCUCUAUUCUUCACGACAGCAGCAACCUCUAAUGCACUUUGAACGCGAACUUCCGAAUGGUCAGGAUAUGGCUACGUCAGUCAUGGUCGAACUCUUGAAUACGGGCAUCGUCGGCGGUCUUAUGUUUGGUGUAUAUACGACAAUAUUUGCUAUUUCUGCCUGGAACAUUCGCACACGUUAUACGAAUACCUCCGUUCCAGUGUCUCGACGUGCCAAGGGAACGAACACUACUGUCAUGACUGCCGCAAUCAUUGUCUUAUACGUAUUCUCUUCUCUCCACUUUGCCUUCCUGUGGUACUUGGAGCGACAGGCAUUCAUCUUGGAGUCGCUCUCCGCUGCCAAUCUUCUCCCUCAACACUAUGUAUAUUCCAUCACGAGUGCUAUAUGCACCAUCUCGGCCACUAGUGUUAUGAUUUGGCGAUGUUGGACUGCCUGGGAUCGCUGCUGGCAAAUGAUCCUACUUCCCAUCCUACUAAUGGUCUGCGCAACCGUCUUCUAUACUCUCACAUGCUACCCUAACGAUGUCCAAGCUCAAGCGGCAGUCGCAUAUCUCUGCUUGGUCCUUGCAGCGAGCAUCUAUUGCACCUGCUUCGUCAUAUAUCUUGGCUUCUUUGAUUUUGUAGCACUCUUCUCUGCGUACUGCAUCUCACUGAUCGUCUACCUCGUUGCAUUCGUACGGGAUGAGUCGUGGCGGACGUAUGCGGAUGUGUUUCAUUUCGCCAUUACUUGCAUCACACCUACGUUGAUAAUCAUGCGUUCAGUGCCACACGAUGUUGCGGAAGGUGGUAGGAGGACGAUAUCAGUACCUAUUUUGCCUGUGGAGCAGGGAAACGUGUAUCCGGAAGACAGGAGGGAUGCCAAGCCAAUACCAACCACAAGGAAAAUAGAUGCGAACUCAGAGAGAAGCUAUUGGUACGAUGACGAUUGAUAUGCUGAUGUUACUGUAUUCUUUAUUGUAUUAAACAAGGCAGAAUGUACCUUCUGGAAAACAGCCGAGGAUCAAGAUGUUCAUGUUAUUUUGUAGCGAACGAAGUUG